UUAAAGGUCAACUAAAAAUUCUUUCGGUGUAUAAAUAUAAAAAUAAAUUUUCUCUUUUCGCUUGAAAGAGAUUUUUUAUGACACCCCAGAAAAUGGUUAUUUCGUUGAAAUUUUUGUUUAGAUUACUUACAUAGUUAUGAGUUGGCUGUCAAAAAUAUUUGGAUUAAUUUUUAUUGGACUGUUUAUUGUGUUUGUAGCAGCGCAUCCGCGAUGGGAGCAACUGGCCAGAGUCGUGGCCGAAAGGAUGAACGUAUCAGAGGAGUACAGGAUUCAGGAGGCCUGGAAGGCGGUCAUUUCCGUGGACACGCAGCUGCAUGAAUACUUCCACCGCAAGUUGGGCAAUGACAGAAAAACCGAGGCGAACGAUAUACUGAAUAGUGCGUACGCCGAAACGAACGCCUGCGUACGUGAAUUCUACGCUGGAGGAUUGGAGGAUAGGUUCAGGGACUGCAUCCGACACGUGACCCAUCUGCACAUGGACAGAUUGAAGUCCCAGAGGGAUAAAAAUUAUGGUGUGCAACAGGCUAGCGGAGCGAGUAGACUUAAAAUCUGGCAUUGAUUACUGUGGAGCCGUGGAGCCCGAUCGCUGGCAGGCGUCAAGUCUGCUCCCUUUGUGCCUUCUGCCCUCCGAUGUACUUUAAUUAGACAGUUAACUCGAGAGCCAAA